AUGCGAGGGCCAGAAACCCAAGUGAAAAAUUCGAAUUUAAGCCUUCAAUGGAGUCGUUGGAUGUUGAAACUGUUCGGCGCCUGGCCGUAUUCGUCCGACAUGUCGAGACAAAAGAAACACAUGCAAUGGCUGAUAAACAUUGUUUGUUAUUUCCUGAUAAGUUUCCUUUUCGUACCUUGCGGUCUGUUCGUUACGCUAGAAGUGGAGGACACGCAAAACAAGCUCAGGCUGUUCGGUCCGUUGAGCUUCUGCGUGAUGGCGUACAUGAAAUAUUACUCGUUAUUGGCCCACGCGAAUGAUAUUCGCGAAUGCAUCAAACGCAUCGAAUGGGACUGGAGGAACAUCGAACACCGACAGGACCGAGAUAUCAUGAUGGAGAACGCGAUCCACGGUGGACGAUUAGUGAAAAUUUGUAUAUUCUUCAUGUACAGCGGUUUCGUGCUUUAUUACAUCGCGUUGCCUAUGAGCCGUGGGAAAGUCACGGCUGAAAAUCAGAAUCUAACCUUUAUUCCAAUGGUGUUUCCCAUUUCGAGCCUGAUGGCCGACAGCCGUAAUAGUCCAGGAAACGAGAUCUUCUUUUCGAUCCAAUUUUUCGGGGGCAUCGUGAUUCACGGGAUAUCCGCAGCUGCUUGCAGUUUGGCCGCUGUUCUCGCGGUGCAUGUUUGUGGACAGAUGAAAGUGUUGAUGUGCUGGAUGGGACACUUGAUAAAUGCUCGGGAGGACAUGAGUAGAUCCGUGGACGUCAGGAUCGCAAACAUCGUGAGUCAGCACGUUCGAAUAUUGAAGUUCCUGAUCGUGACCGAAGAAGCAUUGCAAAAUAUAUCGUUCGUAGAAUUCGUAGGAUGUACCUUAAACUUAUGUCUUCUAGGAUAUUAUUUUAUCACGGAGUGGCAUUCGAAUGAUUUGACAAGUGCUAUAACUUACCUCACGUUACUGAUAUCGCUCGGUUUCAACAUAUUCAUAUUCUGUUACAUAGGAGAGCUAAUCGCUGAACAAUGCAACAAAGUUGGUGAAAUGGCAUACAUGGUUGAUUGGUAUCGACUGCAAGGGAAAAAGCAACGUUGUAUAGUUCUUAUAAUCGCGAUGUCCAAUUCAUCGACGAAACUUACGGCAGGAAAUAUGGUUCAACUGUCACUCAGCACGUUCGGUGACUAUGAAACGAGCUACCAAGCUAAAAGAAUGCAGACGCCAACGAAGGAUCCGAAGAAAUCUUCGAUCAGAUGGAACGAGUACGAAGAGAACGUGGACCUGAGUAUUCAGUGGAAUCGUUGGAUAUUAAAACCGAUGGGAGUCUGGCCAAGUUCGCACAAUGUUUCAUGCCUCGAGAAAUCUUUUAAUCGGCUGAUGAAUGUCGUUUGCUACGGUCUGAUAAGCUUCCUAUUCGUGCCAUGCGGCCUUUACGUGAUGCUCGAGGUGAAGGACACUUACAAUAAACUAAAGCUGUUCGGUCCACUGAUCUUCUGCAUGACGGCUUACAUAAAAUAUUAUUCGUUAAUGGUGCACGCGAACGAUAUUCGUGAAUGUAUCAGACAUAUCGAAUGGGACUGGAAGAACGUUCAACACCAGGAGGACAGGAGCAUCAUGAUUGCGAACGCUAACUUCGGCAGGCGAUUAGUGCGAGUUUGCACAUUCUUCAUGUACAGCGGUUUCCUGUUUUAUUAUAUCGCGGUGCCUGUUAAUGUCGGAAAAGUCGUCGCUGAAGAGGGAAACCGUACCUUCGUACCAAUGGUGUUUCCAUUCUCGAGACUAAUCGCCGAUACACGCGACAGUCCCACCAAUGAGAUUCUCUUCUCGAUUCAACUUUUAGGGGGGAUGUUGAUUCAUGGAAUCGCGGCUGGAGCUUGCAGCUUGGCAGCCGCUUUCGCGGUUCAUGCUUGCGGGCAAAUGGAGGUCUUGAAGUGUUGGAUGGAACACUUGGUAGAUGGUCGAGAGGACAUGAGUAAAUCUGUGGACGUAAGGAUCGCGAACAUCGUGAGUCAACACGUUCGAAUAUUGAAAUUCCUAGCGCUGAUUGAAAAGGCAUUAACUCAGAUAUCUCUCGCGGAAUUCUUGGGAUGUACACUGGAUAUAUGCCUUGUCGGGUAUUACAUUAUCGUGGAAUGGAGCUCGAACGAUAUGACCGCCGCUGUAACUUACACCAUAAUACUUACAUCUCUUAUCUUUAAUAUUUUCAUAUUCUGUUACAUAGGCGAGCUGGUUGCUGAGCAAUGCAAGAAGGUUGGCGAAAUGUCUUACAUGAUUGACUGGUAUCGACUACCGGAAAACAAGAAGCUCGGUUUAGUUCUGAUAAUGGCCAUGUCUAAUUCAUCCAUAAAACUUACUGCCGGAAAUCUUGUGAAAUUAUCACUGACCAGCUUCAGCGACGUUGUUAAAACAUCGGUCGCAUUCUUGAAUAUGUUACGAACAUUGACUUGA